GGAAAAAGGAAACUUGCAUAGGGCCAAUAUUAGUAUAUUACAAGUAGUUCAGGAAGAUCAAAUCUGUAGUCUGAGAGAAAGAGAAGAGAGAAGGCGAUGGGUAGAUUUCAAUGGAUGGAAGCGUUGCUGCCAUUAGGGAUCAUCGCCGGUAUGCUUUGUAUCGCCGGAAAUGUUCAGUAUACCAUCCACAAAGCCGCUCAUGGCCGUCCGAAGCACAUCGGUAAUGAUUUGUGGGAUGUGGCCAUGGAAAGACGGGACAAGAAGAUUGUCGACGAAAAACUUUCUCCUGCUAGCAACUAAACAAGGGUUUCUCCUUCUCCAGGAAAGCUUUGGCAAAAAAUGAGAUAAAGUGGGAAAGCUUGAAGAUUUGUUUGGAAUUUUUAUUUUGUGAUAAUAAGUUUGUGGAAGUUUAAAGGGGAUUGGGAAAUAGCUGGAUUUAAACCCAAAUAAAUUCAAUUUCAACUCUUUUUAUUUGGUUGCUA